UCUGCCACCUAUUCCGCCAUUCUCACCUCCGUCACUCUCGUCUUCGGUUUAUCUCUGCAACGCGAGAAACACUAGCUGACCAUCAAAGAAAAUCAAAGAAAAUCAAAGAAAAUCAAAGAACAGCGAAGAAACCGGAUGAUUUGAUCGCACCUUCCCCAAGUCGAUCAUGGCUCAUACUCAGCUAAUCGACUCCCUCACAUCCCACAUCUCCCUCUACCAUUCCACAUCCUUUCUCAUGAACCAUGAUUCCAAACUCAGGUCCUCCAUCCGUAGAUGGUUCUCUUCUCUCACCGUUCACCAACGCCAAGCUCAUCUCACCGUCGUUGAUUUCAAAUUCGUUCAAAUCCUCAUCCAAAUGGUGGCACGAGUUCGCAGACUAGGACAUGGUUUCUUUAUCCUACUCCCCGACGUUCCAUCCAGCGAUCCUCUGCAAUUGCCCGGUUUAUGCUUUAAGAAGUCGCGCGGGCUUUUGUCUCGCGUCUCUGAGUCCAGCGAGUCUGAGAGGAUGAUUUUUGAGUCCUGUCGUUUAUUCGGUUCCAGGGAAGGUGAUAAGCUCGAGGAAUGUUCUUGCUCGUUAAAGAAUAUCGAUUCUUUAACUGUAAGCGAGGAAUUCGUCGCGAAUGUGGAUAAAUUUUUCAAGGUGAUGGAUGUAGUUUCAAAUGGGUGGUUUUUGAGAGGUGAAGGGGAUGACCUGACGUCCGAUUGGGCUGAAUUAAAUUGGUUAAAAGCGAAAGGGUAUUACAGUAUUGAGGCGUUUGUCGCAAAUCAGUUGGAGGUGGCUUUGAGAUUGGCAUGGAUGAACUUGAAUACUGGAAAAAAAAGAUCGGUGAAGCUCAAAGAGAAGGCUAGGGCAACUGGCAUGGCGACAAACGUGUUUUGGAGGAAGAAGGGAUGUGUGGACUGGUGGGAUAAAUUGGAUGCUUCGUCAAGGGAAAAGCUUUUGACUUCAAUGCUAGGAAAAUCAGCAAAACAAUUGAUACAUGAGAUUCUGAGGUGGACAAGUGGACUUGCGGAGCAUGAGAUGGGGCUCUUUAGUGCCGAAUGGAAUAAACCAUUUAGGUACAAUUGUACUAUAUCUCCAUCAAGGUCCAUGUUAGCAUCCCAAGCGGACCUGCAUAUAGACUUCAACAUUAUUCCAGCUACACAUUCUGGAAAACCUUCUUCCUUAUCCAACAUAUUUAGAAAAUUGCUUGUGCUUCAGGAUAUUGUUACGAUGGUAUCUUCGUGUCUUCAUGAUGAAUACUAUAAGAGUAAUCUCUUUUACAGCACUUUGGGUUCUAUCUGUGCCAUCCCUGAUUGUAUAUUAAGAAAAUUGCGGGAAUUUCUUAUGUUUAUUUCACUUGAUUGCACAAAACUUGAACUUCUAGGAGAGGGGAAUAGUAAGUCCUUGCCUAGUAAAUCAACAGAGAAUCUAGGUGCUUCCCGUCGAAGGAAAAAGGGAAAGAGCCGGAAAUCACAGAAUCCUGUGCCGAAGGCAUGUGUAGGUGAUUUAUCAUGCAAUAAAUUUCAUAAGCCUCAGGAUUUUGACAAGGAGUGUGCUCAUAAAGGGAGAGAAGAUAUGAUGGAAUCCACAAUGCCUAUUUUGUCCAAGGGAAAUGAUAGUUGCAGAGAAAUGUCAGCAGAUGUAUCAAAAACGGUACAUGACCAUAUAAUGAGUGUUGGAAAAAAUCAAGGUACUACAAGGAAGAAGAAAAAACACAAAAGUAAAAACUUUGGUGGGAACAACAGAUUAGUUGAAAUAAUACCUUCUGAAGGGCCAACCGCUAAAUUCUCCUCUCCAUCUUUUAGUUCUCAGGAUCAGGUAGCAGAGUUGGAUAACAUGUUCAGAAAACCUUUCAUUUCAAAUAUCAAGAAUGAUAGUUCAAAUAAUUAUGACAGUUUAACUUCAAACUCAAGUCCUAUAGUUCCCUCUAGUGAGCCUAAUCGAGAGUAUAACAGUAACCAAAAUGUUGAAGUACAUGAAAUUUCUGGGCUAACGGAAUCUGUCUGUCACGUUGGUCCUGGAGAAUCUCAGUUCCCAAAAGGAAUAAUUGAAAAUGAAUGCGUAUCAUCUGCAUUAGUUCCUUCUCAUUUGCCUUCAUUGGAGCUAAAGAAUAUUGUCAAAAGUGAUGUCAAUGUGAAUGGCUCUGUGCGAUCUUGUGAAUUACGAGAAAAAUCAUCUUUGUUAGAUAAACUUCCGAGAACUUUUGAUAUACAGGAGAAAUCAUGCCUAUCUCGAGAUCAAUUUAGUGGUGACAUUUGUAAUACUAGGACCUUGAAUUCUUCGUUCAAUUCACAUCUCCCGCCUGCUACUGAUAGAUUACAUUUAGAUGCUGGUCAUAAUUGGCACAAUCAUUUCCGUCGGUCUUUCACACCUGCAAUGCAUCAACCAAGAAGUUCUUCUGUUAAAGGUGGUUGCAAUCCAAUUCUGACUCGACCACUGUUAAUGAGUCUAGAUUGGCCCCCUGUCUUACGAAGUGCUUCUGGCUUGGCUUCAACAAUGACGUCAAAUCAUGAUUUUGGGUUUCUUCCUAGGAGACAAUCUACUUUUCGGCAGGGGUUCCCUACUAACAGCAAUCAGAUUAGUACGGAAGAUGAAAAGUACUCUGGUAAUCUCACUGAUUUUCCUGAUUUGUCAAAUAAUCAGGACCUAGCAGAUGAGUGUGAUGGAAACUGGAUAUCGGAGGAAGAAUUGGAAAUGCAUGCAGUUUCUGGGUUAGACUACAAUCAGUAUUUCGGUGGUGGUGUUAUGUACUGGAAUCCUUCUGAUCACCAUGGGACAGGGUUUUCUCGACCUCCUUCUCUUAGUUCUGAUGAUAGCUCAUGGGCUUGGCGUGAAGCUGACAUGAAUCGGACUGUUGAUGAUAUGGUUGCUUUCUCUUCUUCUUACAGUAAUGGAUUGGCAUCCCCAACUGCUACGUCAUUCUGUUCUCCUUUUGAUCCACUGGGAUCUGGAAAACAGGCGCUUGGUUAUGUGGUGCAAGGACCUGAUCUACCCACCAACAUGCUUCAUUCCUCACUGACUAUGAAUGAUUCGGUGACAGAGGAGGAUGCUCCUAGAUCUUUGGCAAAUUUGCCUAGUGAUGUUGAAGGGAAGACAGGAGACUCACAUCCAUUUCCAAUGUUGCCGCCUAUUGUUAUUCCAAAUAUGUCAAGGGAAAGAUCAAGAUCUGAGUUCUGCCAUGGUUUUGACCAUAAAAGCCCAUGCAUCCCUCCCACUAGGAGAGAGCAAUCUCGAGUAAAGCGACCACCAUCUCCUGUAGUUCUUUGUGUUCCACGGGCACCAAUACCACCUCCACCUUCUCCUGUAAGCGACUCCAGGAAGCACAGGGGAUUUCCUACUGUUAGAUCUGGUAGCUCAAGUCCAAGGCAUUGGGGUGUAAAGGGUUGGUAUCCUGAUGGAACUAAUUUGGAAGAAGCAUGCUUACAUAUUGACGGUGCUGAAGUUGUCUGGCCUACUUGGAGAAAUAAAAGUAAUUCUAAUUGCUCGACAGUUCAACCUUUAUCAUUAAUAGCAAUGUCCCAGAUAGCUCUCGAUCAGGAGCAUCCAGAUGUUGCGUUUCCUCUCUUUCCCCCAACAACAAGCUGUCCUGUAAAAAAGGAAUCUCUUUCUUUGAUGCAUAGCCGCCUAAAUGAUGAGAUCAACUCUUUCUGCAAGCACGUUGCUGCAGAAAACAUGACUAAGAAGCCUUACAUCACAUGGGCUGUUAAACGGGUCACGCGGUCCCUUCAAGUCUUAUGGCCCAGGUCCAGGACAAACAUUUUUGGUUCAAAUGCAACAGGUUUAUCCCUUCCCACGAGUGAUGUGGACCUUGUGGUUUGUCUGCCUCCAGUGAGAAAUCUGGAACCUAUUAAGGAAGCUGGGAUCCUAGAGGGGCGUAAUGGUAUUAAAGAAACCUGCCUUCAGCAUGCAGCCAGAUAUCUUUCCAAUCAGGAAUGGGUAAAAAGUGAUUCCUUAAAGACGGUGGAAAAUACUGCUAUACCUAUUAUCAUGCUUGUUGUUGAAGUUCCCCACGAUCUCAUUGCUUCAUCCACUUCAAAUAUGCAAUCAUCCAAGGAGGAGUCCUCUGCCGUAUCUGGGGAACAAGAUGUCAACCUUCUUAAUGAUAUGGCUAGUUUAGAAGAUUCUGCGCUGCAAAAAUGUUUGGUGGUGAAAAAUGAUUCCUCAUCUAGCACCAAGUCAGUUCGUAUUGACAUCAGUUUCAAGACUCCAUCACAUACGGGACUCCAAACUUCUGGGCUGGUUAAGAAGCUGACUGAACAAUUUCCAGCUACUAUACCUUUGGCGUUGGUAUUAAAAAUGUUUUUGGCAGAUCGUAGUCUUGAUCAGUCCUAUUCUGGCGGCUUAAGUUCUUACUGUUUGGUAUUGUUGAUUGUACGCUUUCUCCAGCAUGAACAUCAUCUUAGCCGUCCUAUCAACCAAAACUUUGGGAGCCUUUUAAUGGACUUCCUUUACUUCUUUGGGAAUGUCUUUGAUCCUCGUCAAAUGCGUAUUUCAAUACAGGGGAGUGGAGUCUAUAUUAAGAGAGAAAGGGGAUAUAGCAUUGAUCCUUUACAUAUUGAUGAUCCUCUUUUCCCCAUGAAUAACGUUGGACGAAAUUGUUUCCGUAUUCAUCAAUGUAUCAAGGCUUUUUCAGAAGCUUAUUCUAUUUUAGAGAGUGAGCUGAUAUCCCUUAAUGAUAAUGGUGAUUCUAGUUCAGAUGCAACUAAUAGUGUGCUGCAGAAAAUAAUCCCUAGCAUUGAUUUAUCAUAAGGGAAAAAAAGACUUUAUGGUGCAUCUUCAUUCAUGCCUUUUUUCUGAAUCUCAAGCUGGAAAGAAAUGCUCAUAUCUUCCUAGAUAAGCAACAAAACACACACGUUUAUUGAAUCUACUUCAUAUCUUUCUUUAUCGUGGAGCCAUCCUCCCCCCCACCCCCAAUUUUGAUAAUGUGCAUCACACGGGACCGUAUCCUAUCCUUCAGUUUAAUGAUGGGUUUGUCCACUUAUCAACGAGGUGGAAGUGCCGCCCACGGCAAUAGGGGUCAAAACUGGUUAUUCAGGUAGGACCCGUAAGAGGCGGGGUUUCGUCCACUUGCUUGCCCGGCGUUCUAUCUCCACAACAAUUGAGUUGGUGAUCAUCAUUUUGUCCCCACUGAAAUCUUUCUUUGAUGGUGGCUGUCAUCUCAGCAAGCAGGACUGCUGCUUUGCUUAAUCGUACCAAUUACGGCAAGCUCCAUCUGAGCACCUGUCAUACGAGCUCUCUGGCUGCACCUGUAAUGAGCUCAUUUGAGAGGCAGCUCCAUUUUCACCAUUUUUCCCCUCUCGGUUCAUCUGUACUCUGUAUACCUUAAGCUGAAAAAGCAUACCCCUUGAAACCAAAUACUGAAUUACUGUCUCAGACGUAAUGGCCGUCCUGUGAUCCCUUGGUUGAUGCAGAAGAUAGUUGUACGUAAGGAAUUUGGAGAAUGUAGACAAGACGCUGUUUUCAUGGAUGAUCCGGACUUUUCGUUGUUCAUCUAUAGCCAGAUUUUGUUUGCAUAUCUCCUUGAUCAAGCUCAGUGGUCUGCACGUGGAUGACAAGGCAUGGCUGCUGGAAGAGGAACACCAAAAGUGGACCGAGUAAAUAAAAGAACACUAAGGAACACAGCUUGCUUUCGUGAUUGUAUCAUUAUGCUACACGGUACAAAAAAUGGGUUGCUAUCUAAAUGGACAAAACACGGUACUAUGAUUACACCGAACAUCACGGUUUUGGAAGAUGAAAAGAAGAAAAGAAGAAAAGAAGAAAAGAAGUGGACCAUAUAAGAUGUAUAUUGACAGCUUAGGGGAUGUGUUUGAUCAUUGCUUGUGAAGUAGCUCUCUUUCUAAAGUUUGCAUUCACAAAACUUGUAAAGAUAGCAUCCACCUCCAAAACUACACGGAGUAAAUCUCGACUGUAAUAGUUAGUUUGGGAUUUCAAUAUGUACUGAGAAUUUAACAAUGUAUUAAAAGAGACAGAGCCCCAUUGACCGCAACUAUAUUAUUCAUCCUUCAUCCAUAUGGAGCCUGAUUCCUAUGUAUUUGGUAGAUAUUUGUAAAGAUCUAAUAGAGAGAUAUAUGAUAGAUAUUUGGUAAAGAUUGAUAGAGAUAAA